GGGUGUAGUUUCUGUCAGGAGCGCGGGCCGGCUAGUCGGUGGCCUGAGCCGAACCCCUCAGGGCUGCGCGGGCGUUUGCCGCGGCGAGGAUCCUCUGCUACCCUCCGUCGGGUGCUCCGUCGAAACCGUUUCUUUCGAAACCGACAGGCCUGCUUGUGGCAAGUCGCCUUCUUCUUCACGGUGGUGGACGACACCGAGCCCGGCAUCCGCGGCGUCUGCGGUUGGCGGUUUGGCCAGGUGUUUGCCACUUUGACAAAUGGCUAAUGGACAGGACCGAGUAGUUGCUCUAGUGGACAUGGACUGUUUUUUUGUUCAAGUGGAGCAGCGGCAAAAUCCUCAUUUGAGGAAUAAACCUUGUGCAGUUGUGCAGUACAAAUCAUGGAAAGGUGGUGGAAUAAUUGCAGUGAGUUAUGAAGCCCGUGCAUUUGGCGUCACUAGAAACAUGUGGGCAGACGAUGCUAAGAAGUUAUGUCCUGAUCUUCUACUGGCACAAGUUCGUGAGUUGCGUGGGAAAGCUAACCUCACCAAGUACCGGGAAGCUAGUGUUGAAGUGAUGAAGGUAAUGUCUCGUUUUGCUGUGAUUGAACGUGCCAGUAUUGAUGAGGCUUAUGUAGACCUGACCAGUGCUGUACAAGAGAGACUACAAAAGCUACAAGGUCAGCCUAUCUCAGCAGACUUGUUGCCAACCACCUAUAUUGAAGGGUUGCCUCAAGGGUCUACAACAGCAAAAGGGACUGUUCACAAAGAGGAGAUAAGAAAACAAGGCUUAUUUCAAUGGCUUAAUUCUCUUCAAAUUGAUAACACCUCUCCAGACCUGCAGCUCACCGUGGGAGCAGUGAUUGUGGAGGAAAUGAGGGCAGCCAUAGAGAGGCAGACUGGUUUUCAGUGUUCAGCUGGAAUUUCACACAACAAGGUCCUGGCAAAACUGGCCUGUGGACUAAACAAGCCCAAUCGCCAGACCCUGGUCUCACAUGGGUCAGUCCCACAGCUCUUCAGCCAAGUACCUAUUAGCAAAAUCCGUAGUCUUGGAGGAAAGCUUGGGGCGUCAGUCAUUGAAAUUCUUGGGGUAGAAUACAUGGGUGAACUAACCCAGUUCACUGAAUCCCAACUUCAGAGUCAUUUUGGGGAAAAGAAUGGAUCAUGGUUGUAUGCCAUGUGUCGUGGGAUUGAACAUGAUCCAGUCAAACCCAGACAACUACCCAAAACCAUUGGUUGCAGCAAGAACUUCCCAGGAAAAACAGCUCUGACUACUCAGGAACAGGUACAAUGGUGGCUUUUGCAAUUAGCCCAGGAACUAGAAGAGAGACUAACCAAGGACCGAAAUGAUAAUGACAGAGUGGCCAUCCAGUUGGCUGUGAGCAUCCGUGUUCAAGGAGACAAACGUCUUAGCAGCCUGCGCCGCUGCUGUGCGCUCACCCACUAUGAUGCUUACAAGAUGAGCCAUGAUGCAUUUGCUGCCAUUAGGAACUGUAAUACUUCAAGAAUCCAAACUGAAUGGUCCCCUCCCCUCACAAUGGUUUUCCUCUGUGCUACCAAAUUCUCUGCCUCUACCCCCUCCUCCAGCACAGACAUCACCGUCUUUUUGAACAAUGACCCAAGUUCUCUGCCCAAGGUGCCAAUUACCAGUUCUGAAGCUAAGACCCAGCGAAGUGGCCCAGCGGUUACAGCCACUAAGAAAGCAACCACUUCUCUGGAAUCAUUCUUCCAAAAAGCUGUAGAAAAGCAAAAAGGCAAAGAAGCUUCAAUUUUACCUCUUAGUGCUACUACCCAGGCCCCCAUAAACAAUUCUCCAUCCAAGCCCUCAUUAUCUUUCCAAAGCUGUCGUGCGACAGGAACUGAGCCCUUCUUUAAACAGAAAAGUCUGCUUUUAAAGCAAAAACAGAUUAAUAAUUCAACAUUCUGCCCCCCACAAAAUGCACUGUCCCCCUCUAAAGAGUUGCCAAACUCUUUUCCAACAGAGUAUCCAAAUUGUGCCCCUGUAUGUGAAGAGGUAUUGAAACUAGGAUCCCCUAAAGCAACUUCUGCAAAGAUGGAUUUGACUCAGGACAGCCCAAGCAAGCUUGUUUCUGUUACUUCCGAGUCUGCUCUGGAGGUGUCGCAGAAAGAAAGUACCACCUCAAGUCUUCUGGCUGCUGAAGACCAGGUGCCCUGUGAGAAAUGUGGCUCUCUAGUACCUGCAUGGGACAUGCCAGAACAUACGGACUACCAUUUUGCAUUGGAGUUGCAGAAAUCCUUUUUACAGCCCCACUCCUCAAGCCCCCAGGUGGUUCCUGUCAGUUCUCCUCAAAGCAAAAGAAAUCCCAAGAGCCCUUUGGCCUCCAGCAAUAAACGCCCUAGGCCUGAGGGUAUGCGGACAUUGGAAUCAUUUUUUAAGCCAUUAACACACUAGUGCUACCCUCAGGCUUGCUGCAGGGUUAUAAUAUUUUCUCUGUAACCAGGGAGAUGGAAAUAUGUUGGCUUCCUUCGCAGGAAUAUGCAUAACUUUAUGAAAUUUUUAAUAAGAAAAACAAUCCAGUUAGAUGCUAAGUUAAGGCUCUCAUCUCUUCACAAGCAUGGAUUCUAAUCCCACUGCAGAUAGAGAUAUAAAAAUUCAUCUUCCAAAGAUACAACUUCUUUGAGUUUUUAAUCUUUUGAGUUAAGGGAGGUAGUGUCAAAUUUUUGGGCUGUGCGGCCCAAGAGAUCUCGUUCCAAACUAAGCCCUGUCUGUUGAGUGUGGCCUUGAGUGAGUCACUUUUCUCAUUUUUGCUUGUAUGUAAAAUUGUGAUACCUUAGAAAUUAUUGAUGGUUAAGAAAAAUGUAUUCAAAGUGUGUAGCUUAAAGUUAGCACAGGAAAGGAACUGAGUUAAAAAAAUGUUUAGCAGGGGUGUGCAAUUGUAUGGAGAAUAUAACCAAAAAAUGAAAACGCAUACAUUGUGCAAAGAUGAAAAAAGAUGUAAGAAUUAUAUAAAAUAAAAUAUUUAAAUAAACAAAAAGAAAGAAAAAAAAUUAAAAAUGUUUAGCAAAAUAUUCCCCUAAGUCUGAUGGGCAGUCCAAAUAAUACCUUGAAUAAAGUGGGAGGUUUGAGAAUGAGGUGAAGACUUGAAUCUAAGGGAAUAAUUAGUUUAGGGCAGGGUAGGUACACAGGAAGUUAAUACUGAAUUUCAUUCAUGUAAAUGCUAUUAAAGCCACAAUUUUUAGCCAUUGGCUCUUCUACCUCUUGCAAUUUUGUCGUCAUAUAGAAUGAGCUUGCUAUUGGACCAGUUUAGGAACUUGGUUAGAUUGGAUUAAGUCAUGAGCAGAAUUGGAUCAUGUCUAGAGCCUUUCCUACUCUGAUUUUGAGAACACCUCACCUAUCAAUGUUUGAGAAAUACUGCUCUAAAAGAUACUAUGGAGCAGGUUUGUAGCGGGCAAUGACAUUUCUUUAAAACUUAAGGUGCAGAUUUAGGAAGUCCUUGGGCUUUCAGGGUCACUGGUAUAUUCAUCUCUUCCCUAUUGAAGUAUGAAUUUUUAGUAUAGGGUUUUAAUUAUUGUAGUGUUUUUCACUUGUCCAUGUUUAUAGUC